UUCAUUUAGCUUAUGUCAAAUUUUUGACUUGUUCGUCCUAAACUUGCUCAAACCGUGAUCAAUAGCAGGCUAAUUGAGUGAUAUAGAUGGAGUGUCCUUGGAAGAAGCCAUGGGUGGUAUUGAUGGGAGCAAUAGCACUGAUUCAAUUGUAUGGGAGUAUCAAUAGCCAUGGUUGCUUUACAGAAGAGACGAGGUCACUGCUUGAAUUCAAGGCUGCUUAUUCUAAUGAUUCAUUGCUUCCUUCUUGGAUGGAUGGCCCUAACAACAACUGCUGCGAUUGGAAGCGCGUCACUUGUCAUCCCUCUUCGGGGCGCGUCAUCCAUCUCUCACUCUAUGCUCUCUAUAAACUUGGUUCUUUGCCGGAUGACAACGGAGAAUAUGACUGUGAUGGCUCUCCAACCUUAAAUGGGACCAUGUUUCUGUCCUUCAGAGAACUGACAACUCUUAAUUUAUCCUACAAUUGUUUUGGAGAAUUCAUCUCGAAGCCCGAUAAUAGGAGCAUGUCAACAUUGAGGAGUUUGGAGACAAUAGAUCUCAGUUACAAUAACCUGGACCAGAGCAUAAUUGAGUUCUUGUGUGGUCUCACAUCCCUGAAGAAUUUAAUUCUUGCCGCUAAUAAUUUCGUCGGUAGUUUUCCUGGUAAAGGAUUGUGUAGAUUGAAGAAGCUUGAAGUGCUAGAUUUGGGUGGUAAUGAUUUCGAAGGAACUUUAGAUGAAUGUUUUGGCAACUUGACAUCCCUUCGAACUAUUGAUUUCUCAUAUAACGGAUUAAGUGGGAGCAUCGCAACGCUACUUUCAUUUGUUAGCCUUGUAUCACUAGAGUAUAUUUUACUUGGUGGUAACGAUUUCAACGGGCCUUUUACAUUACCCAUUAUUGAUUCAGAAUAUCAUAUGAAUCAAGUGCAUACAUUGGACAUAUCAAAAAACCAGAUGGAUGGCCAGCUCCCCGAUAACAUAGGCUCCUUUUUCCCACAUUUAGAAUAUUUGGAUGUAUCAAGCAAUUUGUUUGAUGGCCAUAUUGCCGCUUCAAUUGGAAAGAUGCCAAACUUGAGAGUGUUGAAUAUGGAGAACAAUAACUUAUCUGGAAACAUAUCAUUGUUAUUUCGUUUGCACCGGAAAAAUAAGACCUUGAAUGAAAAACCUCGGCUUGACACCUUAAUUGCCUCCAGGAAUAGCUUUGAAGGUCCAAUAACUCAUGACAUAUGCCAACUUAACCUUCAAGUUAUAGAUCUCUCUCUCAAUAGACUAUCUGGCUCUAUACCCUCUUGUUUCAACAUGUCAUCAACACAAUUCAUUGAUUUGAGCGACAACAGAUUUAUCGGUACUAUUCCUGAUAGCACUUGCUUCAAUAUGUCAUCAACACAAUUCAUUGAUUUGAGCUACAACAGAUUUAUUGGUACUAUUCCUGAUAGCAUUUAUAGGGUUGAGUCUUUGAGGAUACUUUCGUUGCGUGGAAAUCAACUGCAAGGCCAACUUUCUAGUCAAAUAUGCCGUUUAAGAAAUCUUCGCGUCUUAGACCUUUCAAACAAUUACUUCACCGGAUCCAUACCUUCUUGCUUUGAUAAGAGCAUGUUUUGCUCGGGCACAGAUACAAUUGCAACUACUAAGGAAAGGAUUAUUUCGGGUUUAGAUUUGUCGUCUAAUCAAUUGACAGGAAAGAUUCCUUAUCAAUUAGGAGAUCUCAGUGGCAUUAUUUUUCUCAACUUAUCUCACAACAAUUUGAAUGGAUCUAUUUCUGAAAGCUUCCACAAGCUAUACAGCAUAGAGUCCUUAGAUUUUUCAUAUAACAAUCUAAGUGGACAAAUUCCUCUUAAUUUACACGACUUGACUUUUUUAGACAUCUUUAAUGUGUCCUAUAAUAAUCUGUCAGGUAUAGCACCAUCCAAUGGACAAUUUGAUACCUUCGAUGAGAGCAGUUACCAAGGAAAUCCGUAUCUCAUUGGAGUCUGGAAUAAGACAAACCGAAAAAUCGUAGCACCGUCACCAGCCCCAACUCCAUUUGAAGGGUGGAAGACAGAUAAUUCUGCAAUUGAUUCCACCUCCUCCCGUAGCAGUUUUUCUGUAUUCCACUUCCCAAUGCUCUUAUUAUCAAUGACUAUGCUUUGGAUAAAUCUCUACUGACAAAGAGAACAUCAUUUAAUUUUAGGGCAAGAUGGCUAAAAAUUUCUACAUGUAUA